UUUUGGUGAUGGAGAAUGUAUAUCAGACACUUAUUUUUCUUUGAACGCAAGUUGAUAAAUUCUAAUUCAUCAUGUCUGAAAUGUCUGAAGAGAGAAUGUAUUAUAUUAGAGCUAUUCUUAUGUACACAGACCUGACAAGAGAGGUGUUAUUUAAAGUGUUCAAAUUCUUGAUAAAAAGUGAAGACAUCCGACACUUUCUCUCAUCUCUAGAGCAACAAAAUAAAUUGUUGAAACUAUCGAAAAAACAUGUCAUAACCCAGUCUGACUAUAAUCUUGUUUCUGGUCAAGUUUUAAAUCUAGAGAGGUUCAAUAUAUCUCUUUUGCUGAAACUUGUACUUAAUUUGUGUAAAGACAAUAUACCAAAACCACAGCAUGGUUGGGAAUCUAACCUGGACCUGAAAGACGAAAGUCUUGGUGCUGAUCUUCUUCGAUUGAGAGAUGUCAGAAAUAAGAUUAUAGGUCAUCGAGCGGAUGCCAAAUUGUCAAAGGCAGAGUAUGAAAAGACAUGGGCAAAUAUCAAAGCUAUCUUGUUGAGAGUGGUUGAACUUGUUGACUUGCAAUCUAGUGAAAACUUUGAACGAAGAAUAGAUGGAUACAAACAGCUUAAUGUAGAUACAGAGAAUGCUGAAGUUAAGAGGGUACUAGAUGAGUUGCUCAACUACAAAACAGAGCACCUUCAAGAAAAGGUUGAAGAAUUGAUUAGAAGAUCACAGGAAUUUCAGGAAUAUUUCAAAACAACACCUGAGAGAUUUGUACGUUAUAUAAAACUUCUGUUUGAUGGAGGGCGCAUUGUGUUAUGUGGCAUACUGAAGACAAAGCUGGGUGACCAAGACCUAUCAGAUUUUCUUGAAAGUAAGAAGGAAAUGCUGAUCAGAAAUAUUGAUGAGAAAUUUAUCAGAUGCCUAUACCCACAAGAGUCUUGUUCAGAUUAUAAAAACUGGGAUGUUUUUCUUCUGGCAUCUGUUUUGUUGCUAACAUGUGAUGAUGACCUUAGUCAAAGCGACAUCAUGUAUGUUAAGCGCAUAAAGAGUGCUAGGGUAAACUAUGCUGCCCUUGCGUUGCAGUGUCUAGAUACAGAUGAUUUUCUUACCAUAUGGACUGAUCUUAUCACUUGUCUUAAUCAUCUUUCAAACAACAUUGCCAAAGACGACAAAAAACAAGUUGAACAUCUUAUUGAGCGUUAUAAGAAAAAAUAUGAAGGAGGAUGUGAUGAUGAGGAGUAUUUGAAACAGCUAAGGGAAUCUGGUGAUGAAGUGAAAACUUUGAACGAUGUCUACAAUGAAACUAUUUCAGAAUUGAAAGAUAUGCUCAACCAGAUGAGACAAAAAGAUAUCAAGUUAAAACAAGAACAAGUUUUAGAGUUUAAAUUGCUGACAACAUGUGAAAAUGAAGAAUUUAAGAAGAUAGCAGAAGACUUACUCGAAACCAACCUACAAGCUUCCAUACAAAAAUUAGAUCAACUGUCAGAUUCUUUGAGGAAAGAAACUGACAAACUAGUAGCUAGCAUUGCCGCACAUCCAGAUGUUGAAGUUAAACAAAAGUGCAUCAUUUUGUCAUGUAAAUGUUCCACUCCUGGUGGCUUACUACACAUUUUAGAUGUCACACACGGAGAUCGAUUUAGAAGCACAUUUAGAAACAUAGCUAAUGAGCUGCAUUACAAAUACGGAUAUGCUUUCCUCAUACAGGGAAAGUGCACACUGGAAAGUGUGAUGAGUGUUUCAACAAUGAUAUAUAAAUGUAAGUCUGAGUAUAUAAACCAUAUUUACAGAAAUCGUUUUUAG